AGAUAACAAGUUUAUAGUAGAUGCGAGUAAUUUGUCCAGUGCCAAAGGCAUCGGUAAAGAGUUUCCUUCCAUGUCCAGGACAGGAAGUACGGUUUUAUUUUUGAAACGGUUCCGUUUUCCGUAACCUUUUGAAGAAGUAAUCCAAAUAUACGUGAGGCACGCGAAAGCAGCAGUUCUAUUAGUGUAGUGAAGUAUUAGCCUUCCAAAAUGACGGAGCCGACGACGUCUCCGGAGGACCAGUGGAAAUGCCCUAGAUCAAACAGACGGUGGACCUGCGAAUGAGUUAGUUGCCACAGCUUUUACCCUCAUCUAUACUUACAAGUGGGCAAACCAGGGCAAUGCUCAGUGGGGGUUUGGACUGGCUAGCUGUUGGUCUUUUGUCAACAUAUUUAGGGCAGCACAGAUUCCCCCCUUGUUAUCCCAGCCUCACAGCCUUUAGCUGUUUCUUUCUCUGUCUUCUUCUACCUGGCGAUGGCUCGACAGACAGACGGCGCUUUCAGCGACAGUGGCUUUGACCCCAGUUUCUUCGCUGAAACUGCCAGAAAGGGAAGCGUCGUGUCCAGGGCUAACAGCAUCGGGUCAACAAGUGCCUCUUCAGUACCAAACACAGAUGACGAAGACAGCGACUACAGGCACGAGACUUCGUAUAAGGACUCCUAUAAGGACCGGCGGAGACAAGCGCACACGCAGGCUGAGCAGAAGCGUAGAGAUGCUAUCAAGAAAGGAUACGAUGACCUUCAGUCCAUUGUGCCGACCUGCCAGCAGCAGUCUGAGUUUGCAGUCGGAGCGCAGAAGAUCAGCAAAGCUACGAUACUGCAAAAAACAAUCGACUACAUCCAUUUUCUUCAUAAAGAAAAGAAGAAGCAGGAGGAGGAAGUUUCCGUCUUGAGGAAAGAAGUGAUGGCCCUUAAGAUCAUGAAAACGAAUUAUGAGCACAUAGUGAAGGCCCACCAGAACAACCCACAGCAGGGAGAGGAUCAGGUGUCCGACCAGGUCAAGUUCAACAUCUUUCAGAGCAUUAUGGACUCCCUGUUCGUGUCUUUCAGCAGCUCUGUUUCAGUGAGCAGCUUCCAGGAACUGUCUGCCUGCGUUUUCAGCUGGAUUGAGGAGCACUGCAAACCACAGACGCUGCGGGACUUUGUCGUCGGAGUGCUCCGGCAGCUCAAUGGUCAGCUUUAUUGAUUGAGGGGAGGACUUCUGGUUCAGCUGUCAGAUCUAGACUCUGUGCUCACUCUGGCCUCUCAGGGUGGAGUAAAAAACUUCUGUCAGCCUCGGGCCACGCCACAGUAUUUACACUCACUUUCAGCUCAUAAGUGACUCCCUGGCUACGAAUGGAUUACCUCAUCACACUCUGAAAAAAGCUGCGUCGGAACGAGCAGUUAUGUAUUUAAGAAAUAAUCACUUUUCGAGCUCUUUCUGAUUGUGUAUAUUGAUUGUUUUCAAGUGCACGGGCACAAAUGGCUGAAUGUUCUCAGCUUCAUUUGACUGUUUUUGGUUUUUUUUUUUUUUACUGUUAUUCUGCAGGGAAAAACACAAGACUGCAGAACGAAUGUAGGUUUAAUUAAAGCGGGGAUAGUAGAGUAGUGUGCCUUCAGUUGCUGUCGCUGUCUGCAGUAACACGAAUUACGCCUUUUGAAGUAAAUCACGUUUAUAGUUAGGGAACAUUUAGGUUCGUGAAAAUUCCUGAGUCCGCACCAUCGUUUGUGUGGAAACUUUGUAGCUUAAUGUUGAUCCAAAGAACUCCACAAGCACAAACACUGAUCGAGUCCUUAACAGUUUCUGUUCUAUCGGAGGGUGAUGGUUGUGUCUCCAGGACAAUCAAAACUAAAUGUUAAUAAUAAUAAUCCAUGCAGGGAAAGCACAGCCAUCGUAUUGUUCAGCAGUUUUACAUAGCCAUGAUGACAGAAGGGAGAUCAGACUUGCAUCUCCUCACAUCCAUCACUCUGUUGUCUGGUCUCCGCUGUUUUCCCUCGUCGCUCGUCACCGUCCUGGUUCCUGCAGGGACGUGCGGCGCUGUUGUCUUGGCCGGGGUUCCCCACGUAAACAGUGGAGCCGCUGUGCAAUAGUAGCGUCGCUGAAUAAAAGAGGUAAUAGCAUGAUAAAAAAAAAAAAGAGCCAAAGCCUCUCAACCAGAAGGUUCAGAGAUUGCCAGCUCAAAAAAAAUAAAUAAAUAAAUAGUAAUCACAGCGAUCAUCCAAAUAAUUGUGUCAGAAAUGAAAGCUUCAGACACACGAGAUUUGACUGAAACAGUCUGUUGUAUCUUUGGUGAGGUUGACGACUGAAAACGCGGCUGAAACAUCGUACAUGACGCGCAGAACAGAAGGGAAAUCUUUGUGUACAUACAUAUUAAACAUACUAAAGGGCGCUGCAACCGCACAUUGUGUUGAAAUACAGGCUGUUCUACAUGUGUAUUUUGGAGACGGUGAUGUUCAGAGUGAUUUUAAGGAACCUUACAGAUUGCUGUUGUUUUUUGCAAGCACGUGAUUUCAAGUCACGCGUUUUCUGUGGUUUUCAUGAUCAGUUGCAGCUCAUCCACCACCAGUUUAGUUCAAGGGGGCACUGGCUGCUCAUCCUCGUUCCUCGUGAGAACAUGGAGAUUUACAGCUCCUCUGCAGCCACUGAAAAUGUGAUUUCAAAACAGAGGACGAAGCUCACUUCAACGAUGGCGUUCACCGUUUUGUUUUCAUGUACUCGCUUGUCUGUUUUGGCUUUAAUCACAGAAAUACUGAUGUUGUUGUUGCUCUUUUCUUUAUAAUCCAUUCACAAAAGCUGUGUACACUAAGUGGCCGCUCUUUAUCCAGUCCAGUACAGCUGAGCCCUGCAUUGUGCUUUUCAAAGCCAGUGCUUUAAACUGGGUUGCAUUAUGUCGAGAUGCCUUUAAUGUUUCCCCAAACACAAUGUUAGAAACCCAUUUAAAUGAAUACAUCACAAAGUGUCAUCUUUGGAAGAGAUUUCUAGCUGAACGGGAGGGGUUCUGAUUGUAUUCGGUUUAACGGCUGUACCUGAUAAAGUGGAUACUGAAUGUUUGUCACAUUUUAAAAUGUGAUGUCAACCUAUAUAAGGAAAGGUGUUUACUGUUGUAUGUUAAGUUAAAUUUACUCUGAAUAUGUUGAAAUAAAGUGUGCAAGACAACAGCA